AUGGGGCUCAACGAAAAGCCCACUCCAGUCACUGUCGACAUCACCCCAGCAUCCGAAGAACAAACACCACAGCCCACCCCCGAAAUCGAACAACAAACUUCCUCUCCUCCUUCUCCUGCACCACCCAACUCCCGCUGGCGUCGCAUCAUAGGCAUCGUAUGGGAUACCUUCGACGGCACCCCCCAAGAACGGCGCUACGUCCGCAAACUCGACACCUUUCUCCUCUCCUACAUGUGUCUGGCAUAUUUCAUCAAACAACUCGACCAAACCAACAUUUCCAAUGCGUUUGUGUCGGGCAUGCAGGAAGAUCUUGCUUUAUAUGGCAACGAGAGAAAUUGGCUCAAUACGUGGUUCAAUAUUGGGAUUCUGCUGGGUACGAUUCCGAGUCAGUUGAUUCAGGUGGAACAUGUUCGACCGAGUAUCUGGCUUCCGAGCUGUGAAAUCUUUUGGAGCAUUCUCGUAGUGGGUAUGGGUUUCGCGAAGAAUGUUGAGACGCUAUAUGCUCUGAGGUUCUUCGUGGGCUUUGCAGAAGCGUGUUGCUUUCCUGGUUUUGCUGCUCUGCUUGGUGGGUGGUAUGGGGUGAAUCAGCUGGCGAAACGCGCUGCUCUCUUCGAGCAAUCCUCUGCCAUCGGGAACAUGUUCUCUGGCUAUUUGCAAGCCGCGCUUUACAAAGGCAUGAAUGGUCAUCUCGGACUUCGUGGAUGGCAAUGGAUGUUCGUCUUUGACGGCAUCAUCGGCAUCCCCAUUGGUCUCUGGGGAUACUUUGCCAUCCCAGACCUACCACACAACACUCGAGCAUUCUACUGGACGGCAGCAGACAAAGAAUAUACCCUCUCACGCGUCGAGCAACUCGGAAGACCUCCCACACCCAAGCUCACGCUCAAAGCUCUCUGGGGAGUUUUCACAAACUGGAGACUUUGGCUUUUCAUCCUCCCCUACAACAUGGUCGGCCAAGCCAUCUCCGGUCUCAAAUACUUCAACCUCUAUCUAAAAUGGGACGGCUGGAGCGUCGUCGACAUCAACAUUCUUCCCACCGGAGGCGACGCACUCAGUGUCGUCGCCGCACUCUUCUUCGGCAUCCUCGCAGACCAGACGGGCUGGAAUGCCACUCUGGUGGUCCUAUUGCAAGGAAUCGUCAUAACGAGUAAUUCCAUGCUUGCGGCGUGGUGCUCGGGUCAUGAUUUGUCGAAAGGAAGUCUCCUGUUUGCGUACUAUCUCAGCUAUGUAGGCUUGGCUGCGCAGCCGAUUGUUAUUUCCUGGGGCAACCAUCUCGCAGCCAGCGAUCCCAUUCUCCGCCAAAUGCUCGUGGCGUGCGGGAACGUAGCUUCAUAUACAUGGAAUGCGUGGCUGCCACUCGCUGCAUUUCCGACAUAUGAUGCGCCAAAGUACGAUUAUGGAUAUCAGAUCUUGGUCAUGUUUAGCGGUCUGGCGAUUGUGGGUGUGGUUGCUAUGUAUUUGUUGCGAGAGAAAUUUGCUAGGAAGAGUCGGAGAGCGUGA